AUGAUCAAGCGGACUCAUAGUAGGAACCAGAAAACCAAAGGAGUCAGGGUGAAGCAUUUUCUGCAGAUUUGUCUACUGCUUGGGGUCUGCUUUUGGUUAAUCUAUCAGGUCAAGCAUUCCCAUGAUAAGAAGGCGGCAUUAGCUGAGAAAAAUGCAAAAUCCUCAAUCAAAAAUUUGAGUGAUGGUGAGCUUCUGAAACUUGGGAGGAAAGACCUUCCUCACCAGGAAGUCAUUAAAAAUGAGAAACAACAGGAAGAGGAGGAAGAAGAAACAGCUGGAGAGGAAGAAGAGAAACAUUUAGUAGAAGUGCGAGAAGAAGAGGAUCAGAAACAUGAAGUAGACGAGCGAGAAGAAGAGGAUCAGAAACAUGAAGUAGGAGAGCGAGAAGAAGAGGAUCAGAAACAUGAAGUAGACGAGAGAGAAGAAGAGGAUCAGAAACAUGAAGUAGACGAGCGAGAAGAAGAGGAUCCGAAGCAUGAGGCAGAAGAGCAAGAGGAGGAAGAAGCCAAGAACGAAGAUAUAGAGGAUGAGGGAAGAGGAGCUGGAGAUGAUGAGAUAGAUGAAAAUGAGCAAGAGAAAAAAGAAGGGGAAGCAGAUCACGAUGAGGACAUUGUAGAUGAAGAGAAAGAAAGAGAAGAUGAGGGGAAUGAGAAGGAUGGUGAUAAGAAUGAAAGUGAAGAGAGAGAGCAUCAAGCAGAAAAUGAGAAUUCAUUGGAUGAUCAGGAUAAUGAUACCCAUGACAACAAUGCUCAUGAAGCACGAGAGGAAAAUUACAAAGGGGAUGAUGCUUCUAGUGCAGUGACCCAUGAUACCCAAGUAAGUGCCGAAAACUCAAAUGAGAACUCAGAAGCUAGUGCUCUAGAAAAGGAUAUAAAAUCUAAUGACAAUUCACGAAUGGUUGAUGGUGUAAUGGCUGAAAAUGGUACUUCUUUAAAUGUAACUGCAAGUGAAGAGAAAGUUAAUGAUGCUAUGUCCAAUCCUGUGGAUAGCUCACUUUUGAAUGCAACGGUGAAAACACAGUCUAAUGCUCUACCAGAAGCACGCAAUAACUCAACAGAAAUCAAUGGGGCAACUGAUUCGUACCAGCAGAACGUAACAGAAACUGUAUCUGAGUCAGUUCACUCUCAAAAUGAAACGUUGGAUGGGACGACUACUGGAGAGGGCAUGACCAUACAAACCUUGGUUGUGGAACAGGCUAAUAACACAGCUUCUCAGAACAACCAAUCUGACUCAAAUUCAACAAUUUCUACUAAAAUUGAGAGCACAGAUGGGGUAUUGGGAGAAUCAUCUAACUCCUCUAAAAAGGUAGAGACCGAUGUGUCAGAAAAUAUCUUAAGAUCUGAUGGAACAGCUGAAACAGAGAAUGGUUCUAGUUCUCCAACAAUCAAGGAGAUCACAGAUGCCUCUCAUAAUGAAGAGUCUAAUGGUACCAGUGAAUCUGGCAGGACAGAUGAAGGUUCAGACCCCACAAAUGUGACGGAGGAUGUUGUUCAGCAUGAUCCAAUUGAUUCUUCUGAUUCCCAUAUUGCCGAAGCCGAGAAAGAGGCUCGCACAGAUCUGGAUACAUUGCCAGAGAUAAAAACAGAGGGGGAUGAGAAUGGAGAGGCUGCAGCAGAAUGA